AGGGGAGACACAUCACGAGAGCCGCGCAUCGUGCGAGAGUUAUUACUGUGAUUUUGAAACGCGCUGUCACGAGUGGAUUGCUCAUCUCUUGUAUAAAUCUCUGUCAGAGUUUCUCUGGAGUUGGACAUGUCGUUUCCUCAACUGGGUUACCCACAGUUUUUAAACGCCUCCCAGGAGGUGUUCGGAGGCGAGCGCACGGGUGUCAUGCCCACGUCUCCACGCGAGGGAAGCUCCGAGAGCAGCGCAAAUGCCGCGACUACAGCGGCUGCUAUCACGCCGAUGCUGGGCAUGUACGCCAAUCCGUGGACCGUGCAAAACUAUAGCGCAUUCUUACCUUACAACAGUGCCGAGCUGGCACUGCUCUCUCAGAUGGGAUCGCAAUAUGAGCUUAAGGAUAACCCCGGAGCUCACCCACCAGGAUUUGCAGUCCAUACUACACCCGGUUUCUACCCAUAUGGCCAGUACCAGUACGGAGAUCCGUCAAGGGCCAAAAGCGCAACCAGAGAGACCACCAGCACUCUAAAGGCAUGGCUGCAUGAACAUAAAAAGAACCCGUAUCCCACAAAGGGUGAGAAGAUCAUGCUGGCCAUCAUUACUAAAAUGACCCUUACGCAGGUGUCCACCUGGUUCGCCAAUGCGCGCAGGAGGCUCAAAAAGGAGAAUAAGGUAACCUGGGGUCGCAGCGCAGAGGACAGAGAUGGACGCAUCUUCGACAGUGACAAUGAGGACGACGCGGACAAAAAUGAAGACGAUGAAGAGAUCGAUCUGGAGACAAUCGAUAUUGACAAUGCUGAGGAACCCAGAGGAGAUCAAAACAAGGCAAUUGAAAAAGAGGCAUUGGGUGACCAACGCGAAAAUGUGGAAACACCAAGGAUAUUAUCAACAUCAGCACUUAAAAACACGGACAGUCCUGUGCCAAGUAGUAAUAAAGAACAGAGUGUGGUAUUAAAAAGCGCCGGUGAGGUUUCUCCUGGUGCACCAGCCUGUCAAAGGCCUGGAAACAGCAAACCUAAAAUCUGGUCUUUGGCGGAGACGGCGACAAGUCCCGAUAAUACGCAGAAAACAUGCAGCGUCCCCUCAACGCACGCAGGCCUCAGGGCCUCACAAUCUACCCAUCCAGCUUUCCUCUCUACUAACGGGAUUUAUACUUGCCAGAUUGGGAAACUACACAACUGGGCGAACGCAGCUUUUCUUAGUGCAAACUCUCUGAUGGGUGUGCGCUCACUUUUGAGUCAAAACAGUCUCUUUCCAAACCACAGCCCAGUUACGAAUCCCGAAAAGAAGCCAUCGUCUGCCCCUGGGUCUCCUUGUCUGGAGGCUGACAGUGAAAACUCAUCAGACAGUUUUUGUGCCAAACAUAAUGAUCAAGAGAACAUUCAGAGAAUUGAAUCUCCAACACGUGCAUCCAGACCACCAUUUCCAGUCAUCCAUGACAGAUCUCAUCAUGAAACAUCACAACGCGCUCUGAAGACUAUUUCAUGAACACAGAACUUAUCUAAAAAAUAAAUUAUUUAACGAAUUUAAAAUAAAGGACAACAGAACAACAAGAUUUACAUCAUCAAACAGACCAAAUAAAUAUAUUUCUUAAUACGCUUUUAUCCUGCAAUAUAAUUUUUGUACUUUCAUUUAAUUUCAUUUCAGCAUGUUUGAGUUUACCGUGUAUCUCGCCUGCGUUUCUUUUACAGAGUAAAUAAGAAUUAUUUGUCAGAAAAUGUGAAAUGAUAUAUUUUUGUGUAAUAAAGCAAAUGAGAUUAA